AUGCAAGACGAUGAAGAAAUACUAGACACCAAUCGGGCUAUCAAUCGUCAUAGUGGCGCUCAUAUUGAUCCCUAUGAACAUUAUCAUCGUUUUAAUCGAAAGGAAUACGACGAUUUUACGACCAUUGAUUGGGUUCGUGAUAGGACGAGGUAUCUUAAGCGCCAUCGAUCUCUCAAAUUCGAUGAAAAGAAAGGAUGGUGGAACUGGAUUGUUUCCAGUCAUGAUGCCUGGUCUGGCUGGCUAAUUGUUAGUGGUGUUGGUAUAUUAUCUGGCUUAUGUGCAGGAUUAAUCGAUAUUGGAACCGAAUGGAUGACAGAUUUGCGAUUAGGCGUUUGUCCGCAACGGUUUUGGUUAAAUAAGAAAGCAUGUUGUUGGUCGUCUAAUCUCACUACUGCAGAUAAUGACUGUCCAGAAUGGUUGAGUUGGUCUCAAAUAUUUGGCAUCAUGUCCUCUUCGGCUUCCAUAUUUGCAUUUGAAUAUUUUGUCUAUGUAUUGGUUUCAUUCUUGCUUGGCUUUCUUGCUGCUGUACUUGUUCGCGAUUUAGCUCCAUACGCAUGUGGUAGUGGAAUACCCGAGAUAAAAACCAUACUUAGUGGUUUUGUCAUUAGGAGUUACCUCGGUAAAUGGGUACUGUUGAUCAAAUCGUUAACUAUGAUGAUGGUUGUGUCCGCAGGACUAAGCCUUGGUAAAGAAGGUCCACUGGUACAUGUUGCAAGCUGCUGCGGCAACAUGCUUUGUCGUCUAUUUCCAAAAUACCGUCAAAAUGAAGUAAAAAAGCGAGAGAUAUUAUCUGCUGCUGCUGCUGCUGGAGUUUCUGUUGCUUUUGGAGCCCCAAUUGGGGGGAUACUUUUUAGUCUUGAAGAGGUAGUUAGCUACUACUUCCCCCUGAAAACAAUGUGGCGUUCAUUCUUUUCUGCAUUAAUGGCAGCUAUAGUUCUAAGUUAUAUAAAUCCUUACGGUAAUGGCCACCUUGUUAGGUUUGAAGUCAGCUACGAUAUGGUGUGGCAUUUAUUUGAACUAAUUCCUUUCAUCGUUUUGGGAAUAUUUGGGGGCUUAUAUGGCGCAUUUUUUAUUAAAUUUAAUAUUAUGUGGUCUAACUUUCGCAAAAAUAGUGCACUGAAACGCUUUCCAGUUGCAGAGGUUGUGGUUGUCACGGUUGUUACUGCGCUUUUAAGCUAUUUAAAUCCUUAUACAAAAGAAAAUACCAGCAGCUUGAUACGUCACCUAUUUCAGCAGUGCGAUCAAUCGGAUUCGACUCCUUUAUGCAAUUACAUCAAUAAUGGGACCUAUGUCAUUAACACAAAUGAUAGAGCAAACUUUCCUACUCUUCCUGCUGGACCGCAAGUCUUACGAUCAUUAUGGUUACUGGCUCUUGCCAUGCUAUUAAAAGCUUUCGUCACUAUUUUUACCUUUGGUAUUAAGAUACCUGCUGGAUUAUUUAUUCCCAGCAUGGCUGUUGGUGCUUGCUUUGGUCGCAUAUUGGGAGUGGCAAUGGAGCAAUGGUACUACUACAAUCCUGAUACUUUCUUUUUCAAAUUGGCGUGUCAUCCUGGCCGUGUUUGCGUUCAACCUGGCCUUUAUUCAAUGGUUGGAGCUGCAGCAACUCUAGGUGGCGUUACUAAGAUGACAGUAUCAUUGGUGGUCAUAAUGUUUGAAUUGACCGGCGGCUUGCAGUAUAUUGUUCCGAUUAUGUUUGCUGUAAUGACUAGUAAAUGGGUUGGCGAUGCUUUCGUCGAGGGAGGAAUCUACGACGGCCACAUUCGAUUGAAUGGAUAUCCGUUCUUAGAUAGCAAAGAAGAAGUUAAAUUCACUGCCAAUGCUUCGGAGAUUAUGCAGCCACGUAAACCCACUAUACUUGUGACUAUCAAUUACAAUGGAAACACUGUUGGAUCAUUGCUUGAAUUAAUGCAGGAAUGCCCCUAUCAAGGAUAUCCACUUGUUUAUUCAAGCGAAUCACAACAAUUGAUCGGUUUUAUUACUAGGAAAGAUUUGAAACAUCGUCUCGAUUUUGCCUUAGAAACGAAUAGUAAUAUAACCGUAGAAUCUAAAGUGUACUUUUCCGAUAAAAUACCUGCGCAACAUGAUCCAUCUCCACUACUGCUUAAAGAAAUUGUUGAUCUGACUCCGCUACAGGUUACCCUGGAGACAUCUUUUGAUACUGUGUUGGAUAUAUUUCGUAUGUUGGGUACACGCAAAGUUCUAGUUAUUCACAAGGGGCGUGUAAUGGGUCUUAUUACUAAGAAGGAUAUUUUAAGGCAUAUUGCUGCAUCAACUGACCAAGAUCCAGGAGCCAUCCAGUUUCAUUAA